GGCAAGAACGUGGAGAGCAAGAAACUAUUGUGCCAUAAAAGGGCCUGGCACUGGAAUUGCAGUAAAUCUUCAAAUCUUUCAAAAAGAAUGGAGGAAGUGAAGUUGCUAGGAAAUUGGGGCAGUCCAUUUAGUUACAGGGUUUUAUGGGCUCUUAAAUACAAGGGGGUUGAGUUUGAGUAUAUAGAAGAGGAUCCUUUCAACAAGAGCGAAUUGCUCCUCAGGUAUAAUCCAAUCCAUAAGAAGAUCCCUGUGCUGCUUCAUGCUGGGAAACCAAUAGCAGAGUCCAUUGUUAUACUGGAAUACAUCGACGAGAUUUGGCCCCAAAACCCUUUGCUUCCUCAAGACCCCCAUCAAAGGACCGUGGCUCGCUUCUGGACCAAGUUCGGAGAAGAUAAGGCUCCUGUAGUUUUCAAAUUCUUCCAUAGCGUUGGAGAAGAGCAAGCCAAGGCAACAAAAGAAGCUGAGGAGCUGCUGAAAACUAUAGAAGAGGAUGGGUUGGGAGACAAGAAAUUCUUUGGGGGUGAAAAGCUGGGAUUAACUGACAUUGCCUACGGAUGGAUCGCUUGUUGGCUCGAUGUGUUAGCUGACGCAGCCGGUGUUGAACUUCUACGGCUUGAAAAGUUCCCUGGGUUGCACCGAUGGGCUCAAAACUUUAAGCAAGUGCCAUCCAUCAAGGACAACCUUCCCGACCCUCAUAAAAUGUCGACUUAUUUCAAGUCCCGGAGGCAGGAAUUCAUUGCAGCUAGGACCUCUUAGAUGCUGCUUGCUACC